AUGGAUUAUAAUUCAUUAUCACCAGAACUACAAUUAGCAGCAUUAGAAAAGGAAUUUAUUGAUGGAGUAUUAACAAAAAAAGGAUUCGAACAGAAAAAAAGAUCUUUGUUUGAAAAAAAUCACCUAUUAGGAACUUUUCCUGGAGCUGAAGAUGGGGGUAUUUCUCCAACUAACAGUAUCAGCAGCACAACUAGUGGAAAUUGUUAUAAUAAAGACAACCAGCAAUAUGCCGGAUAUCCCGAUUAUCCUCCUUUACUUCCUCCUCAUGUUCCCUUACAACAAAAUGAUGCACCACACCAUCGACCCGUUCCCAGAAAAAGUUCUGAUUUGGAAAGAUCAAGAAUUCAUGUCCGUACACAAAAUGUUGAUCCAUUUGCUAAUAUUAAUCCUAGAUCCGAUUCUUUAACAGCAACAAAUCGUCGUUCUGAUUCAGCUCAAAUUCAUUCCACUCCUUUAUCCACUUCACCUAAUAAUACUCUUUCAAAUCCAAAUAGUAAUCUAUUUCAUUAUAGACCCCCAUAUAAUCCUUCCUUACAUCAUAAUGUUGCGUAUGCACCACAUCAAUUUAUAUCUAGGCAAACUCCAGGGCGUCCUCCUUUGCCUCCACCACUUGGGUAUCCACAGUAUUUUCCUCCUACAAUUCCAGUCACGUACCCCAUUAGACCCGCACCUCAUGUUAGACCUAUUGCUCCUAUAAUACCACAAAUUCGUCCAGUUCCACCUGGUCCAAUUACAAGAAAACUAGUAGUGAAUGAUGGUGCGCAAGGAAUUUUGGAUAUAGAUCAUCCCAAAAAUUUAGCCGAUGACAAUGCUUCGAUCAUUUCAGGAAAGUCUAUUAUUUCAAACCCUAAUGGGCAAAGAUUUAGUGGAAUGAGUAAUUCUGAUGAUAGACCUGGAAGAAACAUUGGAAAGCGAAUGUCUUUAUAUAAUAAUUUGGCACAUUUAGAUAUUUUAGAUCCAACACCAAAUUUUGAUCCUGAAUUAUCAAAAUUAGGAGGAUUACAAUUUAUGCCGUUUGAGCCAAGAGAAUUGCCUUUUGAAAAUAUAGACCCGUUGAAUCCUUCUAUAAGCAUAUCAAAUUACGCGGAUAUAGCGACACUUUUAAGAUAUAGAGGCCAGAUGACCCCAAAACAAACGGCCUUUAUAGUAUUGGAUCAAAAAGGCCGCGAAACGUAUGUAUGGACUUGGGAAAAAUUACAUUUGAGAGCGGAAAAAAUAUCACAAGUAAUUUUAAAAGAAAGUGGAUUAAUGAGAGGUGAUAGAGUGGCAUUGAUUUAUAGGAAGACGGAAAUUUUGGAAUUUUUGGUUGCAUUAUAUGGAUGUUUCUUUGCGGGUGUUGUUGCUGUGCCAAUUAAUGCUGUUGAAGAAUUUAAGGAACUCUUAGUUAUAUUGGAAACUACAAAAUCUAAGCUUGUAUUAACUACUGAACAUAAUCAUAAAGUAUUAACGCGAGAUUUGUUGGCACAAAAAAAAGAAUUGCCGGACGUAACUUGGUGGAAAACAAAUGAAUAUGGAGCGUUGAAUUUAAAAAAGGGAGAUGAAAUUGGAAUAAUUAAUCUCACUGAAUUGGCCUAUAUUGAAUAUACAAGGAGUCCAAAUGGAGAAUUGAAAGGAGUGGCGAUAAGCCAUCAAACAAUCAUGUCACAAUGUAACGUUAUGAGAGCAAGUGUAACAGAUGCAAAAAUGAGAGAACAUUUAAAUAAUCAAAUUAAUCAUGAAAAAUCACAACAACAAUCUGCCAAUGAUGGAAUAGAAGGAGGAAACCCUGGAGAAAUGAAUGAUAAUUUUGUUGAUACUGUAUUGAGUUAUUUAGAGCCAAGACAGCAAGUUGGUUUAAUAUUGGGUGCCUUAUGGGGAGUUUAUUGUGGUAAUAUUACUAUAUACUUGGGUAGUCUUGGACCUGAUGUACCUGGUUUAUGGGUAAAUUGUGUUUCGAAAUAUAAAGUUACUAUCGCACUAGCGGAUUAUCCAGGCUUGAAUCCAAUUGUUUCAUCGUUUAAAUCAGAUCCCUCGGCAACUUUAAACUAUACAAAAAAACAAUCACCUGUCCUUUCAUCAUUACGCUUUUUAUUUAUCGAUGCGCUUACAAUAGAUAUUAAUUUGAAUCAAGAAAUUAUUGAACAACUUCUUUAUCCACUGGGUACACAAUUUCCGAAAGAUGUUUUGACUCCAUUAAGUAGUUUACCAGAACAUGGAGGUAUGAUUUUAAGCUUCGGCGACUUGCUUGGUGUGCAAGGACUAGAUAACAGGGUUGAGGGUGAACGAGGUGUGAAACAAUUCUUAUUGGACCGUGAGGAAUUAAAAGAAAAUCGUAUUGCUAUUGUGGGAACUGGAGAAGAUCAAAACACGAAGAGCCUUGAUGGACGAGGUGUUAUGAAAGUUGGAGCUUUUGGAUUUGUCAUGCCUGAAGAGACAACAGCGUUGUGUUUGCCUAAUACAGUUGGAGAAAUAUGGGUCGAUUCACCAUCAUUGUCAGGAGGAUUUUGGGAUUUGCCAAAACAUACCGAGUCAAUAUUCCACGCUCGUCCGAUAAUAGUACCUGGUGAUACAAAGAAACCAGAGUACUUUGAACAAGAAUUUUUGAGGACAGGACUUUUAGGAUCAUUAAUUAAUGGACAAUUGGUUAUAUUUGGAUUAUAUGAACAUCGAAUAAGGUUAUUAGAUGAACCUAUUAUUAAGGAACAACAACAGAAAUUGGUUAUAAUAAACUGGGGUGAGAAUGAUGGAGCUAUUUAUAAUGAGGAGGCAAAUGAUAACAAGGAUGAGGAUGAAGAAAAAUUAAAAUAUAAGUUUCAUUAUACUUUGGAUUUGGAGAAUACCGUUAGGAGAAUGGUUGAAGGUGUUAUUGAUUGUGUUGUAAUUGAAAUUUAUAUAAAGGACCAAAAUUUGCCAGUGUUGAUAGCAGAAUCCUCGUUACCAAUAGAAAAUUUGACCGCUCUUGCUGAUGAGAUAUACGACAAAUUAGUUGCGAAUCAUGAUCUCCGUCUUUAUACAAUAUCAAUAUGUGCACAAAAAUCGUUGCCACGUACAUGGAAGAAUGGUAAAAAAUUAAUAAAUAGUAUAGCAUGUAAAAAGUAUUUCGAAUACGGACUAUUACAAGUGUUGCAUGUUAAGACUUGUGCAUCAGAAACGAUAUUUGAUAUACCGAUGGGAGAAAAUACUGGAAUAUGGGGACCUAACGCUAUGGCCUCACGACAGGAAAUGAGUAACGGAUCAGUGGCAAUAAGAAGACCUCAAUAUACCGGGAUAGAGAUUCCACAAGAAGUAUUGGACGAAAAGACCAGUUUCAAUUUAUUAAAAUUCCGAAGUAUAGUUGAUGUGUUAUUAUGGCGAACACAAAUAUCACCCGAUGAAACCGCGUAUAAUAUAUUAGAUACGAAAGGAAAAGAAGGAAAGCCAAUAUCAUGGAAAAAAUUAAAUAAUCGUAUAGCGACUUUAGUAAGUUUUUUGCAGAAAAAGGGAUGUAAAGCUGGGGAUCAUACUGUAUUAAUAUUUCCACAUGGGAUAGAUUUUGUAUGCAGUAUAUUUGCAUGUAUGUUAUUGGGUAUAAAAGCAAUUCCCAUAUCACAAACAGAACCUACGAGAGCUUCGGAGGAUAUACCUGCGUUAUUUGAAUUAAUAGAAGAGUUUAAAAUUAGUUAUUUAUUAGUAAAUACAGAUACCGAACAAACACUUAAAAGCAAACAAAUAUCAAAUUUCAUAAAGACGAUGAGUGGAGUGUCAAAACAGUCAGGAGGUAGCAAUAACAAAGUAUUACCUCAGCUAAUUAAUAUAGCAAGAGCACCUAAAUACACAAAGACAUUGAAAGAAUCAAAUUUCGUUAUGAUGGAAGAAUGGUUAAAACCACAAUGGACAGCAAUCAUCAUGUGCUACUUUUCACCCGAUCAACGAAAAAGUUGUGUAAGAUUGGAUCAUGAUACAUUGUUAGCUUUAUGUAAAGUGCAAAAAGAGACUUGUAGGUUGAGAAGCACACGGGCGGUAUUAAGUUGUGUUAGACAUUUUAGCGGUAUUGGAUUUGUGCACACUAUAUUAAUUGGAAUCUAUCUUGGAUCACCGACAAUUCUCAUCACACCACUUGAUUAUCAUACGAACCCUUUAGUAUGGUUUGAAACCAUAUCAAAAUUUAAAAUCAAAGACACUUAUGCUACAUUUCCAAUGUUACAACACGCAAUGUCACGUUUUGAAAACGAGGAUUAUCGAAACUUUUCUUUGCAUCAUUUAAAGAAUUUAAUGAUCCCGGUUGAUGGUAGACCAAAUGUAUCCCUAUAUAAGCAAGUAGUGAAAACAUUUUUGGCCAAUCGAUUAGAUGAUGUGGCAGUAAAUUAUGUAUACAGUCAUAUAGCAAAUCCCAUGGUAACCACAAGAUCUUAUAUGUGCGUAGAACCCAUUGAAUUAUAUUUGGAUUUGAAAAGUUUGAGAAGAGGAAUUAUUAAAAUUGUUGACCCAGAAGAUGAACCUUUUGGAGUGUUAUUGCAUGACUCUGGAACGGUUCCAGUGUCAACGCAAGUAGCCAUAAUACAUCCGGAAACAAGACGUCCGUGUUUGUCAAAUGAAUUUGGAGAGAUAUGGGUUAAUAGCGAUGCCAAUGCGAAAUCUUUACACGGGUCAAUGUAUCAAUUAGAUCAGGCUCGAUAUUCUGCUACAAUAGAUGGAGGGGAUCCAAGAGUAAAAUACUUACGUACAGGAGAUUUAGGAUUUUUAUAUACAAUUCAUAAACCAGCAGUAGAAGGAACAUUGUUAGAGUACCAAUGUUUAUUCUUUUUAGGACCAAUCGCAGAAACAUUUGAAGUUAAUGGAUUGAUACAUUUCCCGGUGGAUAUCGAAUUUACAGUUGAAAGAUGUCAUCAACUGAGUCAAGUUAGUUUAAUUUCACCAGAUGGAUGUGUGGUUUUUCAGUCUAAUAAAGAAGUUGUAUGUGUGGUAGAAGUGAGGGCAAAGGAAGGAAUUCUCAAUUUGAUUCCAUGCGUAAUGAAUUCAAUAUUGGAUGAACACCAAUUUAUUAUUGAUGUAAUCGUAUUUAUUGGACCUGGGACAUUACCAAAAUCGAGAUUAGGUGAAAAACAAAGAGCAAAGGUCAUUAAUUCUUGGUUAAGUGGUAAUUUAACUACAUUACAUGUACAUUAUGUGAAAUCAAAGCCAAGUUCUAAAACAAAUUCACAAUUACUAUCACCAAAUGUGAUGCUUUCACAACGAUUGAUAACCACAAAUCCUUCACCCUCACCAACACUUGAUCCAACUCAAUAUAGUAUUACAUCUGGAUUUAUCAAUACAACAAGAAGUAAUAUAAUACCUUCUAACAUGAUGAAUGAAUUGGUGUUGAACAAUGAAAAUCAAAAAUCAUCACAACAUGAAGAUAAUAUUUCAAAUCAUACUAAUGGAUUUGAUAAUAGUAAUUUAGAUUCAUCAAAUAAAAAUGAUUAA